CUCUUUCAGGUGGGGAGCUCACCUUUGCGGUCACGUGACUCCUCCGUGAGCAGCACCGGGGUAAAGGUGCACUGCUUUGUUGCCGUCCUGUCUGUAGCUGACGCUCCCGCGGUGCCCGUCACUCGUCUGCUUCCUCCCUUUGUGCGCGUGGAAGCCUGACAUUGGGGCUUUUUGGUUUUGUUUCUUCGUUCCAACAUGUCCAUCAGUCGGAAGAACUGGUCGGCGCUGUCCAGCCUCGCGCGCCAGUGGACGAUGGAGGACGAGGAAGAGGUGGAGCGAGAGAGGAGGAGGAGGGUGAAGAGCUCGAGCGGCGCCGACCCCGACUCUGACGUGGACCACGCAUCCCGAGCGUCGCCCCCCGCUGGGACAGACCCCACCAGUGAGACGUCCCAGAGUCUCAGCAGUGUGGAGCAGAUCCAAAUGGACUUUGUGGAGAUGCUGCGCGUCCGCGAUGAGAAGCGGCGGAUGAGGCACGUGGAGACGCUGCGGCGGCAGAAGGAGGAAGGUGACGACGAAGGAGCCAACGGAGGAGGCGGCGCCAGGGUGGAGCUCCUGGGGGACGUGAACGAGGAGCGCGGCGGCGAGGCGCCCCCUGCGAGAGCCGCGUCCGGACCGCAGCCCCCGAGAACGGCCUCGUCCAGUCACAGCGGCAGCGGCGCCGGCACCAACGGCAUCCCACACCGACAGGCUGAAGGCAGCGAGUCGCUGGGGAAGAGCCCUAAUCCCUCGCCGCCGGUGAACCCGGCCCGCAAGUUCGUCAGCUCCGUCUCCAUCUCGCUCGACAAGGGCUCCCCCUCGAGCGGCCGCAGCGCCCCCAUGAGCCCGCUCUCUCCGGCCGGCCCCGCGUCUCCUCCGCCGCCCUGGUCGCCCUGCCAGAGCCCGCCCCCCCGCGGAGCCAAGAGCCCCGCUCACAACGGAUACGCGCAGCAGACCAGUGACAGCGUCUUUUCCCCCGGCGGCACCUCUGAACAGACGACCAAGCCCUUCAUCAGACAGAGCUCCAGGACUUUGUCUUUCAGGAUGAUGAAGAAGAAAGAGGAGGAGAGCUCGCCGCUGCAGAGGAGUGCAAGUGUGAGAAUGGCUACGAAGAAGUUUGAGUCCAACACAAAUGAAAAUGAAGAAAGUCCAGGAUCUUUUCAACGAAACUCUAGGCAGAGGAUUUCAUCCAGGUCCAUCCAGGAGAAGAUGGAGAGACUGGCUCAGGCUGCACAGAAGUCAGAAGUAACGCGGUCUCCAGAUGUGACUCAGAGGACGUUGUUCCUGAUGGAAGAGGUGUCGAGGAAGAGAGGCCUGUUUGAGAAGGACCAGCAGACAGCGGCGUCCAGCAGCCCUGGAGUUUCACGACAGGAAUUUAGGAACUUUGCAUCGGGGAUGUCAGACCGGAUCAGCCGCUGGCUCAACAAGACCAACCCAACUGGGUCCUUGCACACAUCUGCUGACUUGAGACACGUGGACAUCGGCAGUAAGAGGAGUCUGUUUGAGGCCACAGCAGACGCCUCUGCCUCUAAAAGCAGCCAGACGAAGUAACGUACUGUCCAGGAUUAAGAAGAGAAGGAGACGAAGACAACUGGAAGAUUAAUGGAUGUUGUGACUUGUGGUUUCUUUCAGGCUUUUCUUGUGUUUUUUUUUUACUUAACUGCGAAAACAAAUAGAAGGAACAGACAAGAGAGACAAGCUGAGUUCAGCAUUAGGAGAGAAAAUGGAGAAUUCUGCUUCGGCUCAUAAAGGCUUCAUACACGUCUGCAUUUUCAGGAUUAAGAUAAAAUAUUUGUGUCACUUGUUUCCUCGCCGUUGAGUAGAAGGUAAAAAGCAAAGCAGACAGCGUGAUCUGUGUAAUGUUCCAUGCACUUUAAACAGAUGACGCCCGCAAUGCUGCUGAUGCUCACGUUUAAUAAAUCACAGCCACCGAAACAGCAUCAAUAAAACGUUUUCAUCAAAUCUGCCAAAACUGUUUGCUCUGUGAGUCACUGCGGGCGAGAGGCCGCUUGUCUGGGAGGAAAUAAAAGCUCUCUCUACA